CGAUCAACCUUGCACGAGCGAGCGAUGAGAUCCGAAUGUAGGAACUACAUUUCAUAGCAUCACUAUCAAACUGCUACAGUUGACUAGCGAUCGUUAGUUGGUGGAGCUGCAAAGCUGAUCGGCAGACAUUAUUCUUCGAUUGCAUUGGUCGUAGUGGCGUCGUAUCGAUUAUCACUUACUGAUUAUCAUGUGCACGCCUCGAACACAGCUGGGGCCUGCUAGGUAGUGCAGUAAGUGCGGUAAAUCGGUGGAGAUCAUCGAUCGCGUACACAGUGACAUCGUAAGUAAGUUCUGUUGUCGUUUGCGCAUUAUCGUUGAUGUGCUCUUGAGACGUCACACAUCGCUUCAAAUACUGCCUUCCGUUAAAAAACAACACAAAGCGAUUGGAUAAGAAAGUAAAGAGACUUCAAAUCUACACUACCGGAGACUAGUGAUCAAGUUAGCGAUGAGAAGAAUGGAGCUUUCCUGCUGUUUGGGAUCGUAUUUACUGCACGCCGGUUUAGCUUUACUCUUAUUAUCAACCACGUCAGCAUCGUCGAAAAAUAUAUCCCGGCAAAAAACAAACCGACUGCAAAGUCAACCGAAACCGGUUCCGCUGAGCAAUGAGUUCGACUGGAAGCUAGUAAAAGAAGUGUUUCAGCAUGAGCAGCGGAACACCAUUUUCUCCCCUUUCUCCAUCAAACUGCUGCUUACGCUGCUGUACGAAGCAUCUGGCAAGAAUAGCACUACAAAGCAAGAGCUGUCGAAAGCCUUAGCCGGUUCGGACCUGAACAAGACCAGGCUGCUCUAUCAGGAAUUUCUGGAAAGCUCCACGAAAGAAAACAGUGACUAUGAUUUCGACCUCGGAACUCGGAUAUUCAUGGACGGCAGUUUAGCUUAUGCAGCCGAUAACUACACGGAACUGAUAGAGUCCUGCUAUAAAACAAGUAUCGAACAGGUGGAGUUUCAAGAUGCCAGGACAACGGCCAGAAAAAUCAAUGAUUGGUGUGCGAAGAUUACUCAAGGCCAUCUAAAUGAUUUGGUUGAUGAAGAUGAUAUUAGGAAUUCCGCUAUGAUCAUUGCAAAUGCACUAUUUUUGAAGGCUUCGUGGAAAAACUCAUUCCCUGACGAGUACACUAGGAAGCGACCGUUCCAUGUUACAGAAGAUCAUAGCGAAGAGGUGGAGUUCAUGGAACAAACUAACAUCUAUAGGUAUCUCAAUGACUGGGACCUUCAACUUGAGGUGCUGAAAUUACCGUAUAAAGGCAGACAUUUUUCACUGUAUAUAGUCUUGCCAUAUGCAAACAGUUCGAUAGACAACGCUAUCGAAUAUUUAGAUGCAGGAAAUUUAUUUAAACUUGAAAGUAAUUUCCUACGGGAGGAAAUUGUAGUCAUUAUUCCAAAAUUUAAGUUUGAGUUUGGUGUAGCAUUGAAAAGUUAUCUACAGACGGUCGGCAUAUUGGAAGUAUUUACCGACAAGGCCUCACUUCCGCUGCUGUCCAAAAAUACGAACGGUACUCUGGAAGUGUCCAAAAUUUUUCAAAAGGCAGGCAUUGAAGUAAACGAACGAGGGACUCUAGCGUUUGCUGCGACAGAAAUACAAUUAGUAAACAAAUUCGGCAUUGACGAAGGUCCCGUUCAGUUCGAAGCCAAUCGACCGUUUUUGUUCUACAUCAAAGAUGAAGAUUCGGAUGCUCUGCUGUUUGUGGGGAAAGUAUUGAAUCCGGCGAGUGCGUAGCAAGACCAAUGCCAUUGCUAAUGGUAUCAACUACUAUUUUUAUAUCGCUGUUUGCUUUUCUACUUUUAUUACAACUGUUAUAAGGACGUAACUGAGUGUUAGAAUGUUUUAAGCCUUAUGAUGAUUGAAUGUUGAGUUUGUGGAAAAAAAUACUCUUUACAACUAAUAGCACGGUUAUUUUAUUUCAAAUCCGGAACUAGAUAAGUUUUGAUUGGAACAUUUACGGAAACGCUAAAUUGUAUUGAACACAAUAAUUUGCUGAGGCAGAUCUAAAUUUAAUUUUUCUUUCGAAACACAAACAGUUCAAUGUUGCCGGGGAGAAAAGCAACCGGCCGAUGUUGUACCGAUUCUAGGAAUUCAAUACAUGAAACUGUGCUCGAACAAAGCUUGAAUUAUUUUCAGUGCUAUAAAUAGGCUUCCUAGUUACAGCUUUUGUAGGUGCUAUUAAUAUUUUUUAUUCAUUUUGUAUCUUAUACAUUGAACUGAAUCACUAGAAUCAACUGAUUUACGAUUAAUUUUAAAGGAAGGAUGGUACAGAACGCUCAAUGAAACUCGAACAAUUCCCUAAACCUGAAUUAACAAUGCGGAGCAAAAACGGAAAUAAACAGAGCUGUUUGUAAUUAGAAGCCCAUAAUAAAAACGUAAUCAUUUCCAUUUCAGGGUAUUAAUAAGUGUUGUCUGGGGAG